AUGGCUGCUCCUAAUGUUCUCACUUUUGAUGCUGAGGGUCGGGCUGUCGACUUUGAGGUCUGGGUCGAUGACCUACAGCUUCUCCUACAGUGCGAUAGGACAGAUGGUCUCUCCCUGUUCGAUCUCUCGUCUGGCGCCUCUCUUGCCCCUCCUGCCGAUGUUGACAGCACAGUUCGCUCACAGUGGGCCACACGUGAUGCUGCUGCCCGUCUUGCUAUUCGUAGUCACUUGCCGUCCUCUGAGCGCGCACACUUUGUCACUCGGCUCCUUGACUCCCUUCGCUCGGUCACGGACCACUUCCUCUCUGUUUGCCCCAUCACACUCACCGUUGACCUCCUCGAGGAGCGCCUCCUGGCAGCUGAGAAGAGCAUAGUCGCUGUAGGAGCCUCUCGUGGUGACCCUCGUACUCCCAUCUUUGAGGGGUGUUCCCCCUCCCCCCUCCUGCCCUCAGUUGCCUCUGCUGCUGCGGCCGACCUCGUUGGCCUCGAGUCGGUCGGAGUUGCGUCUGCCCCUAGCGGGAGACGCCGCACCGGCAAGGGCAAGGGGGGCAAGGGUGCUGGAGGAGCUGGCAGGGGCGGUGGAGGUGGCGGUGGAGGCGGUGGAGGGGGUGGGGGUGGUGGUGGGAGUGGUGGCGGGGGUGGGGGCGUCGGUGGCGGCAGUGGAGGCGGAGGAGGCGGCGGCGGUGGUGGUGGGAGCGGAGGAGGCGGAGGUGGCGGCGGCGGCGGAGGUGGCGGCGGCAGCGGUGGGACUGGUCGGGGUGGUUCUGCGCAGAGGGGUGGCUCCGGUGGUGGUCAGCGCCAGCAGCAGCAGCGCACUCGUGAGACCCCGUCCCCCCAGCAGCUUCGUGAGUGGUACGCUUCGCGUCAGCGGGGUGGGGGUGCUGGUCCCUGUACCUACGUCAUGUGUAACGGCGACCGUACGGGUGAGCAGUGCGAGGGCCCGCACCCCACCCAACGCUGCUUCGGCCGCCUGACGGACGCCUGGCGUCUUCAGUUCCCUGACGCAAGUGAGAUCCCUCGCUGGGGAGAGCUGCAGAGGUCGGGGGUUGCUAUCUUUGAUCUUGAUUAUGAUGCUAUUCUUGCUGCCAUGUAUGCUGUGUCUACUAGUGAUGAGGGUGACUGUUACCUGUGUGUUCCGCCUGACCCGGGCAUUGGUACUGCUACUCUAGGUGCUGGUGAGGCUGCUGCUCUAGGUGCUAGUGAGUCUGCUGCCCCAGGUGUUGGUGAGUCUGCUCUCUCAGGUACCACGUCGGCUCAGGCCUCCCACACGUUCACCCUUGACUCGGGUGCUUCCCGCUCCUUCUUUCGAGACCGCACCACACUCACGCCGCUUAGUCAGCCAGUUGCGGUCUCCCUGGCAAACCCCUGUGGGGGUCCUGUCCUUGCCCACUUCUCCACUGUCUUACCGUGUCCGGCGGCCCCUUCUGGCACCCUGUCAGGUGUACCUGCCGCCAAAGCAGAUCUGGCAGAAGAUUCUGAAGCUGUUUCACAAUUCACGUCGAAGGGGUAUGCAGACAUGGAGAGGCAUUUCAUUCUCUGGAGCAAGGAACUGGCCCACCUGGGAAGUAAAGACGGGGGGCUAGGAGUUAUUUACCCGACAGAGAGAUUUAACAACCAGACGCUAUGGAACCUGGGCUCGGUUGCUGGAAGGGAACCCGAUGAAGCAGUGGCUGCUUGA